AUGAAGUUCCUACCACUCCGCGAGUUGGAUGUUAUCAAUCGCGCCCUCGUCUUCGACACACCGGACUGUCGAGUCGUUGGCGGCUGUGACAUUUACACCACCAAGGCCGCCGGCGCUGAUAAGAAAUUAUACAAAAAUAUUUCCAACACUAUCACCAACCGCUAUGAAGCCGACCUCAGACUAUCGGAGUCUCUAUCGCCCCCCAAAUCAAGUGCAACCUCAGCGGCAACCCUCGGGAGUAAGAAUCAGUCGAAAGCAGUUUAUCAAACCCUCCAUUCGCCGUUUGGGCCUCUCGACCAGAUCUCUGCUCGGCGCACUUUCGCUUAUCUUAUCGCAACCCUGAAUGCUUCCCACUCAGAUUACGACUUCUCAACAGUUCUAAAACCCUCCGACUUUAGGCGCGAGAGACAUCUAAGACCCGUUAUGAACAACUUUAAUACCACGCUCUUUAAUCUUGGCGUGAAUCCAUCUAAAGCCUUACCUAAAAUGUGGGACAUUAUCGAUAAGGAGAUGGACCUUCUCAGCUGCAACAUAUACACCUACUCGCCUGACGAUGUCUCGGACGACCCCUAUGGCGAGGAGGGUCUCAUAUGCUCGCUAUCGCACUCGCCAAUGGAGAUCAACAGGGUGGGCGGAUGGAGGGCAGAUAUGGGCGGUGUAAGUUCCGGACAAGAAGGGUGGGACGAUAGUGACGACGAUGCGUUUGACGAUGAAUUUCAAGAGAGUUCAAGUAAUUGGGGACCGCGGCACGUAUUGACGCCUACCCGAAAACCCUCCCGAAGACCAUUUCCUGAGACUUUGGAAUCUACCACCUGUAGGUUCCUGGACAAAAUGCUGCCCCGAAUAGCCCCCAAAAUUCCCCAACUUCUCCGACCGCACAUUCGGACACUUACUGCCCCCACAAAUGCCCUAAGUAACCGCAUUUAUGACCCUGUCCGCAAUGAUCACGACUUUCACACGCUUCUCCGCCUUGCCACUACUACAUCCAUCCCCCUACUGACCCUCUGGACAACCUCCUACUACUCCAGCUGCCGUGCAGUCAAGUCAUUGCUCUCCGAGAUCCUAGAGCGCCGUAAUGUCGGUGUCGGGUUUUCGGAAGUGGAGUUGGAUGCGCCAGGAAUGAUGGACGUGGGGAUGCGGUACACUGUUAAUAAGGUACCAACACUAUUGGUAUUUAGUCGGGGUGAGGUAAAGGAGAGGGUUGUAGACGGAAAGGUUUUGGCGGAUCGAGCGGCGAUGGAGGCUUUGAUUAAUACAUUUUGA